AUGGCGUGUAGAACAGUUUAUUUUGUGAUAUUUUGUGGUCUGUGCGUGCUAAAAAAUUCACUUGUCAACGGGAAAUGUUUUAAAAAGUUUGGAAAAGAGGGAAAAUCUUUUUGUGCGUGCGAUCAGCCGAUGAACAAUUCAAGUUUCGCCUCGCUGAAAUCUGUGGAGGCCCUCGUGUUGUGCUCGAUGAGAUGCUCGCAGACGGCCACCUGUGUUGCUUACAACUUUUUCACUGGCUCCAACCAAUGCCAACUUUUUAAUCAAACAUUGAAAAAAUUCUCUCUUGUGGUCGGUUGCCAGUAUUUUUCUCAAAAAAGUGAAACUCAAUCCAACAAAAACUUGUCGAUAACUGCGGACGAUCAACUCAUUGAGUUCUACAUCAACGGCAACAACAUUUCCAUCUCUCAAAACUUUCCACAUGCAAAGGAAUGGGAAAUCUCUGACACGUACAAACUUCCUAAUCGACUCCACGACAUUCUAAGAAAACCAAAGCAUCAAUUGUGUACCUACCCUAACUGUUCAUCUGCAAUAAAACCAGUUCCCCACAGUGUUGAAUAUCCUGUUCCAACUCCUCCUACAGACACUGUUCUUUAUAACAAAGAAGAACAAAGUGGUGAUGAAAAGGUUGAUGUUGAAUACAAACCAGAUUACGACAAAGAUAAACCUCACAUGAUCACGCAGGGAGAACUUAGUGAUCUGGUAAGGGACCUUGAGUUAACUAAAAAUAAAGCAGAACUCCUGGGGUCUAGAUUACAGCAAUGGAAUUUACUGGACAGAGGAACUAAAAUAUCCCAUUUUCGUGACCGGCACACCGAAUUUGCAAAAUUUUACAACAAGGAGGACAAUAUAUGUUACUGUGUAGACAUUGCUGGAUUAAUGACAAAAUUGGAUGAUGAGUAUGAUCCUGUAGAUUGGCGUCUGUUUAUUGAUUCUAGUAAAGUCAGUCUAAAAGCAGUUCUGCUACAUAACGGAAAUGUUAAACCAUCCAUUCCUGUAGCCCAUGCAGUGGGUAUGAAAGAAACAUAUGAAUCUAUGAAGACACUUCUUAAAGUUAUAAAGUACACUGAUCACAACUGGAAUAUCAGUGGGGAUCUCAAAGUUGUUGCUCUUCUUCUUGGGAUGCAAUUGGGGUACACGAAACACAUGUGCUUUUUGUGUCUGUGGAGCAGUCGUGAUGAUGCAAAUCACUAUCUCGUCAAAGACUGGCCUGCGAGAAUUGAUCCGGUACCUGGACAAUUUAACAUUCUUCACGAAUCGUUGGUGAAUCCUGACAAAAUCUUCCUUCCUCCUCUUCAUAUCAAAUUAGGAAUAUUUAAAAACUUUGUCAAGGCGCUACCUACUGAUUCGAAAGGAUUUAUUUAUCUUAAAGAUAAAUUCAAAACCACUCUCACAAACGCAAAAAUAGCUGCAGGAGUUUUUACUGGACCACAGAUACGUGAAGUUAUUCGUGACCCAAAUUUCAAAUUACAACUAGAGCCUGUGGAGUUGCUGGCUUGGGAAGCGUUUGUGGCACUGGUUCAGAAUUUUUUAGGAAACCACAGAUCAGAAGACUAUGUGAACUUGGUAGAAAACUUCAUAAUGGCAUACCAAAACAUGGGUUGUAGAAUGUCUCUAAAAAUCCAUUUCCUCCAUUCCCACCUUAGCUUCUUUCCUGCCAAUUUAGGAGCUGUCAGUGAUGAACAGGGAGAAAGAUUCCAUCAAGAAAUCUCUGUUAUGGAACACCGGUAUCAGGGUCGUUUUGAUAGUAACAUGAUGGGGGAUUUCUGUUGGUUUCUACAGCGUGAAAGUGAAAGUCAAUAUAAGCGCAAAAGAUCAUUAUCGACAAAUUAUUUUUAUUAA